UCCGCUCAGCCUCCUGCGUUCAUUUCCGAAACAGUACAAGCAGCAGAAGAUAUAGUGUAAUCAGGCGCUGUUAUUCAAAACACAGAGCUAAGCGUAACUUUAUGUUAACCACCGUGUUUAUAAUGCAUGUACUUUUGUGUAAUGAAGGUCGGGCAAGUAUUUUGCAACCAUUGUCCGUUCAGUGCCACAUAUAGACCGCGGGCUGCACAGGUGGAAAUCAGUCAUUUGGAGCCUGUGGAGCGAAAUCCAAAAAUUUUAUGACUUUCUUGGUGUGUCCUCCAGGAUUUGUAGUGAAGAUCUCUUGAUGGAGCCAAGACAGAGAUGGGAAUCCGUAGUCCAGCACCUUCCUCUUCUGAAAGACUUCAGUAGAACUACAAUCGAAUGAAUGGUCAUAUGUUUUUUCACACUCUUUACUUGACCUUCUUGUAACAUAAAGACUCCCUUCAUUUAGGAAGAUUUGUCUUUUGUUCGCAUCAUAAUGUUCACAAUAAGAAGACAGCUCUGCCUCCAAAUUUGAUGUCCAAGGUUGCCUAUCGCAUGGUAUAACUGUCACUUGUAUUUUGUACUGAACCUUUGUAAUCACUAUGCGAAUCAGUUUCUGUCAGGCUCUGCUAACGGGAGCCAUUGUGCUGAACUUGUUGAUUCUGUAUUUUGUAUCACGGGCGCAACAGCAGAUGAUGGAGAAGCGGCGCACACAAGGAAAGGGCCUCAAGAAAAUGUCUCUAUCUGUUUCCGGCCUGGGGGUUGCUGGGGGGGCAGUGGUAGGAAGUAUAGUAGGGGCAAACAAAAUUGGAGGUCUGGUGGGUGGUAUGAGGAGUCCUCGUAUGACUGUGCUCCUACGUGAGUUUGAAGACUUUGAGAACUAUGUGGGUGACGUGGCCCGCUCGUUCUUGCGCCAGAGACCAGAGGUGCCAUUAAUGGUUGUGGCAGACACACUGCCUUACCCUCCCCUGUCUCUGCCUGAGAAUGCCCGUUUGUUGGUGCUAUCCCCCAGCCCAGAACAGCCUCCUCAAACACACCGGCCAGAAUUCUAUGUGCAGACUGAGUUUGUGCUGUUGGUGCCUGAUGGCGUGGAGUUGGAGCAUGGGCGGCAGCUCGAGAGGCUAAUCCGGGAGCUGGAGGGCGAGGGAGGCGGGCCAGUACGGCUGGUUGCAGCCCCAGUGCUGACCCGUGCUGCUGUCCAUUGCCUGCACCUGCAGGUGAGCCUAAAGGAAUGGACAGCAACAUACUCCCUUGGGGCAUCAGGGAGCAGCGGCAGUGUGUGCACUGCCCUGCGUGGUGAUGCUGUAGUCCUCAUUCGCACUGAGGACCUUUUCAACCUUUCAGUCCCUUUAGCACGCCCUCUACUGUCUGCACUGUUUAUACAGACUGCACUGCGAGGCUGGAAAGUCAAGCUGCUAGAGGGCCUAACAUUCUCUGCUGGCCACCACCCAUUGUUUACCUCAGCGCACAACCAGUGGAAGGCAGACAGUCAUCUCAAGGAGGCUACCAACCAACUUAUGCGGAGCUUUGGCCUCAAACACUUGGUAUGGCCUGAUGGAAGGGACCAGUGGUUUGGCUGCUCAAAAGAGACAGCACGAUGCUUCGGCACAGUGCAUGACGACACACCUGAGUACCUUUACCUGGAGCGCUGGACCCCACCGUGUUGCUUGCGUGCCCUUAGAGAAACUACAAAAUAUGUCAUCAACAUCUUGGAAAGCUCUGGUGUGCGUUACUGGCUGGAAGGAGGCAGUCUUUUGGGAGCUGCCAGAAAUCAAGAUAUCAUCCCUUGGGACUAUGAUGUUGAUUUAGGCAUCUACCAGGAGGAUGUGCCCAAUUGUGAAUACCUGAAGAACUUGGACUCAGGGUCGUUGGUGGAUGCUAAUGGUUAUGUAUGGGAACAGGCGGUAGAGGGAGACUUUUACCGCAUCCAGUAUAGUGAGGCCAACCACUUGCAUGUGGAUCUGUGGCCAUUCUACUCCCGGAAUGGAGUUAUGACCAAGGACACAUGGACUGAGCACAAGCAGGAUGUGGAGUUCCCUGAACACUUUCUGCAACCUCUGGUGCCCAUGCCAUUUGCUGGCAUCACCGCCUAUGGACCCAACAACCAUCGUGCCUUCCUGGAGCUGAAGUUUGGAGAGGGAGUCAUUGAGAACCCUCAGUAUCCCAACCCUGCAAAGAAAAAGCUGGGUAGGAAUUGAUUGUGAGGUCACAAUCAUUUAUGUGUUGUUAAACUGUCAACUUAUAAGAACAGUUUUGAAGACUAUUGAGACUUUGAAUUUGAAGGCCAUCUCUGGGUAUUUACUAGUCAUAAAGAGGUACCAUUAUCUCACUCUAGGGCAGUAGUUCCCAAACCAGUCCUCAGCCCCCUUCACCCGCCCACCUGACAGUCCACAUGUUGUGAGCUAAGCUGUCAUCCCAGCUUAGCUCACAACACAUAGAGAUGAAGAAAACAUGUGGACCAUCUGGGAGGUCCUGGCAACAGAGUUGGAAACCACUGCAUGUCCAUUGGAAAGUUCCAGAGAAUUUCUUUCUCCAAGCAGAAGAAGUUGCUUUUUUUAUUUUCACAUUGGUCAAGUAUGUACAAAGUGCUGGCAGUAUGUUGCUGGUCAUUAGUGCACUGAAUGUUUUUAUAAGCAUCUCAAAACAGUUACUUUAUUGCACAUGAUAUAACAAAUCCAAAGAUGUGUUCUGUAACUGUAACGUUGACAUAAAUAAACUUGGUGGUAACAGUAGAAACAAGUGUAUCAAGGAAGAAUAUGCAUACAAGAAUAUUAAGGAAACGCAGCUGCUACUGUUUUUUUGCACAUCUUCAGUUUAUACAUUAUUUUUUCAUUUGAAUUUUUUUAAAUUAAUUAAUUAUGAUUUUUUCAUAAUUACUACCCAUGGUUGUGUAUAAAGCUUUUUUUGACAAUUGGCAAAAAGGGUUUUAAUAUUUCUGUAUUCUUUAUAAACAAUUGGUAAAUUAAAUAUUUAUUUUUAUCAGUAUCAAAAACCAGAGUACACAGGCACAACCAGCAUCUUUACUCAUGUGCACUAGAAUAACUUAUUACAGUUCUAUUGUAGUUAAAUAACCAAUUAUUCAGUCAUUGAUAUUAAAAACGUGUUUAUUUGUUUUAGGAACUUAAAUUACCGCCUAACACAUUAAGUCUUCUUCUUCAAAGAAUGAAUAAAAAUAUGGCAUGCAGCUGGAGAAUUUUUAUUUUGAUGUGGCAGACUAAAAUUUGCAAUGUAUCUGGUCGACCCUAAGGUGGUGUCAGAGGCCGGUGAAUGAAAUACGAUUGUUUCUUUUCUUCUAUUAACAUUAACAUACGUUUAGUUACAUAACAUGUAGGAAUAUACUAUGUUUAAUGGCUGCAUUGAUGUAAAUGUUGUCUAAAUCACUUUUAAAAAGCACAGUGUCCUUUGCUUUAGUAUGGUAAAAAUUUGGGACAAUGUGUUGAUGGUUACAUCACCUUAACCUUACACUAUAAAUAAGAGCGAUAUUGUAGAAAUUUGAACUUUUUAGUGAGGUUAAAAAUGUUAGAAAACCAUUAAAAUACUCAAAACAUGUCAAAAUUAUUAGCACAUAAAAAGCUUCAUAACUUAAGGGUACUCUUAGGGUAAGGAUUGAAAAGCUUCAAGCUGAAGUUGUGAUUAAUCUAUCCAGAGAGAAUGCAAGUGGUCUGUUUGCCCCCAUGCAAGAUGGAGAGCAUGGUUCCAAAGGCAAAACUUUCUCUAAGGAUAGCAGUGAACUGGUAUUGUCUUGUAGGCAUAAUGUCUCCACUAUUACAUUCUACCUUCAUGCCUAAAAAACUACAGUCCUGUGCAGAUGUAUUUGCUGAUUUUCUCUGUUAUUGCAUAUUUGUCACAGUGAAUGCUUUUGCAAAAUGUAUUAGAAAAUUUUAAACAUUAUUUAUUAAAUUAUGUAUUAUUUACAAACCCCAUUUUCAGAAACGUUGGGACUUUUUGUGAAAUGCAAU